UUAUGGUAUGAUAAGAUAAAAGGGAAAGAGGAUGCGCUUUCUCUCUCUCUCUCUGAAUUGGAAUUCAACUCUUCUCUUUCUCUUUCUCUUCUCUUCUGUCGAAGAAGAAGAAGCAGAAGUAGUUACAGAAACAUGCUGGAGAAUCUUCAGGCUCCUCCGCCAACGGAAUCGGCCCCAGUGGUGAAGCGCUAUGCUCCUCCCAACCAGAGGAAUCGUUCUGCCAACAGGCGCAAAUCAUCUGAUCGGCUUGAUCGGACAAACAGUAUCGGGAAUGACUUAGAAAAGAAUCAAGUUGCUUAUUCAAGAAGUGUUCACAUUCCAGAUCACGGAGAUGCUGGUAGCAGUAAUCUUCUUAAUGAGAAUCACUAUUCAAGAUUAAUAGCUUUAGAAGGGUGUAGUUGUAGUGCAGCUGCCCAGCUGCUUAAUGAUCGUUGGACAGCUGCACUACAAUCCUACAAUAAUCCCAAAGAUUCAUCUGAAAAGCCAGUUAUGUAUUCGAGUGGGACAUCAGGAUGGACUCCGUUCAGACCCCCUCAACAGGUAAUCUCCUUAUCCUCCCCCUUAUCAUCUCAUCAGAUUAUGGCCCCAGCUACAAGUGCUUCCUCUUCUGUGUCACAACAGGACUUCCUUGGAGAACUUCGUCGCCAAAUGCACAGUGCUAAUCCUAGUUUCUCCACAUGAUGGUUGGCUUGGAUUGUUUAAUAAAGUUUUUGGAUGAUCGUGGAUUUGCUGAAUGCUUUAAGAACACUUUGAUGCUCAGCUACCUAUUGUUUGUGUUUUUGUGACUUGUUUUGUCAAACUCAUUACUAAUAUAUGUAUCUUGAAAAUCAGAUUCAGAAUAUCAACCUCGCCUGUGUAUGUGUACAUUGGGGUGUCGCUCAUUCAGGAAUUGUAUUUAAAGAUUUAUUCUGUAUGCUUACAAAUAGUAGCUUUCAUAAUAGAGCCGGGGUAUGACGUU